CACUUUUUCCAACGCUUGACGCGCCGCCUGAGAAAGUGGAUGUGAACUACAUCCAUUCCGCUCGGUAACGAGACAUGGUUCGUGUCCAUACUAUGGUUCAUGUCCGAACUAUUCAGAUGAGAAGGAUCAUUAUAGUCUAACAAAAGCCGAUAAUUUCAUUGUUCUGGAUUUCUCUCUGGUGGAUAAACCCAGAACAAUGAAAUUAUCGGCUUUUUGUCAGACUAUUCUGCUAUAAUAUCCAUCUCAUCUGAAUAGUUCGGACAUGAACCAUAGUACGGACACGAACCAUGUCUCGUUACCGAGCGGAAUGGAUGUAGUUCACAUCCACUUUCUCAGGCGGCGCGUCAAGCGUUGGAAAAGUGCUCGUCGAGGCUGGGAUGGCCGCUCUCAGGUUUCUCUCUGGUGGAAGUAUACAAGGUGAACCAUUGCGCAUGAAGAGAGGGGGUAGCCUUCCUUCCGGCCAAUAAGCGGCGUGCUUUUUUGUGUGGCGGCAGUUUGAACGGUCAAACAAAUCAUAACCCAACCUAAUCUAUAAGCAAAAAAGCACGGCUCUUAUUGGAUGGAUCGUCCCCACUACUUUUAGGCUACUGCGCAUCCACGGGAAUGGUUCACCUUGUAUACUUCCACCAUGCCAUUAGCAUGCUAGUAGUCGAGCUGCGUGGAGUAUAACACUGUACUCUUCAACAAGGACUUUACUAUACAUACCUACCUAUUUAUAACCGAGUAAAAAAGAGCCGGAAAAUUCGCCACCAUGUCGCUAAUAUUAGUAUCCUUGCUCCAAAUGGCGGGAGUGAACCUGACGACUCACCACGGCGAGGAUUCGAAAGAUUCGGAAAAGGAUGUAUUAACCGCCAAAGCUGUCGCCAUGCUGGUAUUGUUCACUGUGAGCAUGAUCAUGGGCUACGUACCGAUGCUUAUGGCAGAGUGGUGGGACAUGAGCAGCCAAAAUCCCAGAUCGAUGAACCUGGUGGGUAUUCUACUUGGCUUCGGCGGAGGCGUUCUCUUCAACACGACGAUUUUGCAUUUGAUGCCAGAAGUGGCGGAAGGCAUACUGAACUUUCUUGAUUCUGUUAAGAUGGGGCAGCUCAACUUUUCACUGGCAGAUAUAAUGCUCCCGUGCGCCGGGUUUUUCAUUAUGUACCUGGUGAAAGAGUCUGUGCAUACGUAUCUCAGGAAGCGAUUAGCAGACCGACAACUCAACACGAACGAAUUGGUGGAGAAUGGUCAAACACCGUCGUGCACCAGCAACAGUCACGCACACGCGGGCCACAGCCAUUUACUGGCGAUAAUGGAUGAUGACUUCGUGAUCACGUCGCUCUUCGAAGGCCUGGCCAUCGGCUUGUGUUCAGCCGAUCACGUCUGGUACGUGUUCCUCGCAGUGGCGCCUCGUAAAUUUGUGAUAGCAUUCUUUAUAGGCGUAGAACUGAUCGCGUCCAGAACCGGACCGUGCCUGUCCGUGAUUUAUACUUACACGUUCGCCGUGAUGUCGCCGAUAGGAAUCGGCAUCGGGAUGGAACUCGUCGGCGGCGGCAGCGUAGCCACGAGCGGACCCAUGGCAGUGAUAUUGCAGUUACUGGCGUCGGAAAUUUUGUUGUGCGUCCUAUUAUUCGAGAUCGAGCAGGAGCAUGAUCGCACUGUGUUGUGGCAGUUAUACCUCUCGAUCCUCGUCGGUUUCCUCGUGAUAUUCGGAUUGCAGAUGUUGACUGCCCAUCAUUCCCACUUAGACGGUGGCCACGGACACGGACAUUCGCACAACCACACGCAGAUGGAGCAACUCGAUCACGAUCAUGAUCACGAUCAUGAGCACGAGCACAAGUACGAUAUCGUCACGGAGGCGAUCGACAAAGUAACCGACAGUAUCGCCGAGGCUGUCUUCAACGCCUUCACGUCGACUACGCCGUCGACGAUAGUACAACCGACCAACGUGAGCGAGAUCAGCCCGUUACAUCCUCAGCGAAGUUAGGGGACCAAUCUUUGGGUUCCCGCAAGUACAAAGCUCCACGGCUGAAUUCUCUUCAGAUUCAGCGCAACCACGAUCUCUCGGAAGCUCGAAGAUCUCGAGACGCCUUUACUCAGGGGGACUCUUCUCAUGCGGUUUUUUUUUAAGCAUUUAGCGAAGUAAGAAACUGAAAUAUUGAUCAGUGUCAAGCUGACUUUUUAGUGUCUAGAUUUACGUCGUGAAUCGGAUCGAUGAACUCGACCAUGUUGCUGGUGGACAUGGUGCGUGCGAUAGGAAACUCGUAUCGCACCGCCACGCAACGUUACAUUCGGUCGGGAGAGCCGGUCCAUCGAUUUCCUAAUUACUCAACGAAUCCAAACAAGCCAUGUGCAUUUAUAGCAAGAAAUUUUAAUAAAUUAUCACAGCUAUUUUU